AUGGUGCUGGACUCGGGGACACAGUCAUAUGAGCGGCAUCGCAAUGUCCUGAGCGCCAGCCCCCAGCGCGAGAGGGGCGGGAAAAAGUUCUCUGAACACAAUGGGCUGCAACUCUAUUCCUACCUCUCCCCUUCACCAUCUCCAGAUUCAGACCCUACCCACCUGGGCCAAAGGCUCAAAACGCCUACCAAGCUCAAGUGCUCCAAGGUCUCAGAAGCAAGGCCCGAGGUCAGGCGGCUGUCGGAAAUCUGCCCUGCUUUCCCAAGCCCCUGCAGCUGGAUGCGCCGUAGCGAGAGCACCUGCACUGUGAAUAGUAGUGGCCGGGCACGUGCACAGAUCCGCAGUGCAGCUUCCCUGCCUCAUAUUGCCAGGCCAAAGGCUGAGGAGAUCAACGUCAGCAGGAGGAGUCCUUGCCUGCUGGUGGCCCUUAGGCCCUUGAAUGUUGACAAGGAGAGAGAGAAGUUCUUCCAGUCUUGUUAUACUUACAACCCACAGUUUGAGUAUGAGGAGCCUGUCCCCACGGCUGUGCUGGAGAAAUACAGAGAUGCAUCAGACCAGUUCAUUACACAGGCAACUGGGAUCAUUCAUGCCGUCCUGGAGAAGUACGGCUCUUAUGAGAGCUUUGAAGUGGCCACUGGUGGAAGACUGCUGAGCAAGUGCCAAAUCUGGUCUAUUAUCCGGAAGUACAUGCAGAAGGAGGGCUGUGUGGGAGAGGUGGUUGUUCAUCUGACUGAGGAUCUGCUGUCCCAAGCCGUGAUGAUGGUGGAGAACAGCCGGCCCACCCUCGCAAUUAACCUGGCCGGAGCCCGUCAAUACUGGCUGGAGGGCAUGCUGCGCCACGAAAUAGGCACUCACUACAUCCGUGGGGUGAAUAAUGCCCGCCAGCCUUGGCACAGUAUGGAGGGCCGUAAGCGGUACGGCCUGAAGCCUGCUAACCCCACAGAAGAAGGCCUGGCUAGUCUGCACAGUGUCCUCUUCCGUAAGCAGCCCUUUCUGUGGCGGGCAGCACUGCUGUACUACACUGUCCACCAGGCCAGUCACAUGUCCUUCAGCGUGCUCUUCCAGCACUUGGAGCAGUACGUCCAAGACGCCCGGGUCCGGUGGGACUACUGCGUGCGGGCAAAACGAGGCCAGACUGACACCUCACAGCCAGGCUGUUUCAGUAAGGAUCAAGUGUAUCUGGAUGGAAUUCUCCGGAUCCUGAGGCAUCGGCAGACUAUUGACUUCCGGUUGCUGGCAGCACUGGGCAAGGUCUCCUACGAAGAUGUGAAUCAGCUGAAGCAAUUUGGGGUUCUGGAGAAGGCGCGAAUCCCCCAUUUCAUGCAGGACAUGGAACGGUACAGGCAGCAGCUUGACCACAUCAUUGCCACCAACAGACUGAAUGAGGAGGAGCUAGAGCAGUUGCUGCCGGACUGA